AUGUUCUUCGUCCGCUGCCCCUAUUGCCCUGGCACCCAGGGCCGCUGCGCCACCACCGCCUCCGGACGCCACGUAACGGAGUGCUCGUCCUGCGGCCGAGUCAUCGAAGAACGACACACUCAAACACACCACCUCUUCCUCCUCCAAGCUCACGACUCUGCUCUUCCGCUGGUCACCCCCGACCUUGCCUCAAUCUCCUUGCCCUCCUGCUCCAACGAUGAAGACCCCUUUCACCCCACAGGCUUCAUCACGGCUUUUUCCACCUGGUCCCUUGAGCACUCACCCGUCUUUGCACGGUCAGCUUACUCAUUUGCUGGUCACCUCGCUGAGCUUGAGCGUGCCCUAGACUCAUCGUCUUCCGGGUCGGGCGCGGCGGAUCCCGCUGGGCCGAUGGUUUCGGUGGAUCAUCUUCGCGCUUAUCUUCAGAUCAUCGACGUGUCUUCCAUACUUGGACUUGACCAUGAUGUUGUUGAUCAUGCGUUCCAGCUGUUUCGUGAUUGCUGCUCCGCCACUUGCCUCCGCAACCGCAGCAUCGAGGCACUUGCUACGGCUGCCCUUGUUCAUGCCAUUCGUGAGGCUCAGGAACCUAGGACCUUACAGGAAAUCUCCAUGGCAAGUAAUCUUCCCCAGAAGGAGAUAGGAAAGUACAUCAAAAUCCUUGGUGAAGCUCUGAAAUUGAGCCAGCCUAUCAACAGCAAUUCAAUAUCAGUUCACAUGCCUAGAUUUUGCACUCUACUUCAACUCAACAAAUCUGCUCAGGAACUUGCAGCUCAUAUUGGAGAAGUUGUCAUCAAUAAGUGCUUCUGUACCCGUAGAAAUCCCAUCAGCAUAUCUGCUGCUGCAAUAUAUCUUGCUUGUCAGCUGGAAGACAAGCGCAAAACCCAGGCCGAGAUAUGCAAAGUAACAGGUCUUACAGAAGUCACUCUUAGAAAAGUCUACAAAGAACUAUUAGAGAAUUGGGACGAUCUUCUUCCCCCUAAUUAUACUCCUGCUGUGCCUCCUGAGAAGGCUUUUCCAAUGACUGCAAUCACUUCAUGUCGUUCCUCUGCUGCUAAAGCUGAUUUGAUGGAGAUAUCUAAUCUUCCAAUCCACCAGGAGAAAGACAAACACCAAGAAGCCAAGAAACCUGGCAAAGCUACAGAUGCCCAGGAUAUUGACUUUCAUCAGGCAAAACCUAAAGAUGCAGACCUCAAAAAUACCGCACGAAGUAAUUCUCGAGCUUCAUUCGCGACGAAUAGGGACUUGUAUCAGGGGGGGUUUUGGCACCGUCAAUUCCCUUUCGGUACGAGUUCGAUGAGGACGAGUGGAGAGAAGGAUCAGAAGGGUGAUCAAGUUAUGAUCACCAAUGAGACCAAGUGUUCUCCAUCCAACAGUGAAUUGAGGGUUGACAAAGAGGCGGCGGCAAGCAGUGCUUCCCGUUCGAUGGGGCAUGGUUCAAAUACAUCGACACCGCAAGCCGCCAACUCGACCCGGCAGCUCAGUACACCAUCAGAAGUACUCGAGCCACCAGUUUCCAGGUAUGGGAAGCAGCAAGUUGGCUCUGAUCAGGCAUUUGGGCAGCAAGGAGCUGGUAAUAAAAGCAGAGCUAGUGAUACUGAUGCCUCCCAUUGCAGGGAUAAGAAAUAGAGCCUUUAUUAUUCCAGAAAUAGGUAUUCUGCACAACCUUCACCUGCAUCAAUUUUUUUAGCUAUAGAAGCAUUAUUCUCAUGUCAAACAGUUAUAGCAAACACUUAUUAGGAAUGAAUUGAGAACUUAAUGAGAAAAAAAAAAUGAUUUCAAUGCAAGGUGAUUACUAUAGGGAAGUUAUGGUUGGUUCAAUCAAACUUCUAAAUUUAGUGGUUUGGCAAUAUAACAUGCAA